UAUCAUUAUUAUUAUUAUUAAUCAUUACAGGUACAAGUAUAAUUAUAAUUAUAAUUAUAAUUAUCUCUAUAAUUACUAUAUAUAUAUAAUAUAUUUUCCUAUCUUUUUUCUUUUCUUUUCUUUCCCUUUCUUUUUUCUUUUUUAAUCCAACUUAUCUUGACUUAUCUAACGAUUAGUCUCACUACUAUCAAAUUGCUUUGUAUCAUAUCUUAUCAUAUCUUAUCAUAUCUUAUCAUAUCAUAACCUAUUUUAUUAUAUUUAAUCUCCUAUCAUAUCUUAUCUUGCCCUUAUCAUAUCUAAUCUUAUCACACGUUAUCUUAUACUAUUCUCAUAUAUUAUCCCAAUAUCACUUCUAAUAUCACUUCUAAUAUCGCUCCUAUUAAUCAUCCUCUUAUAACUAUAUUCAUUCUUAUAAUAUCCCAAUCCUAAAAUGUUUAGAAUUGUCACAAAUUCAAGCUUGAACUCCACAUUCAAAGCUAGAGUCGUCCCCCAAGCUUCUCAUUUAAAUUUCACAACAACAACUUCCUCUGCAAACUCCUCAACAACCUCUGCUGCCGUUGCUGCUCACGCUGCAAAAAACUUCAACUUCAACUCAAAAAGAUUCAACUCUCCUUACCAAAAUAAUAAUAAUAACAACAACAACAACAGUAACAACAACAAUAAUCACUCAAACAAUAAUCACUCAAACAAUAACAACAAUAACAACAACAACAAUCACUCAAACAAUAACAAUAACAAUAACCAAGUUAGCUAUAAUACUCAAAACCACAAUAACAACAACAACAGAAAUAAUAGAAGUAACAGAAAGAAAUUCUACAACAACAGUAGCAAUAACAACAACAACUUCAACAACUUCAUUCCCAAUGGUAGAGAUAACCCAUGGUUCCACCAAUUGGUCGCCUUUGAAGAAUCGGUCUCUCAAUCCUCAAAAGCCUCGAGAUUCAAUUCUGCCUUUGAUCCUAUUUUCUGGAACUCAAUUGGUAAAGCAAUGUCCCUCUAUAGAGAACUAAGUGGCACUCCUGAUUUUGGUGCUGAAAGAGUCUCAAAACUAGUCUACCUACUCCACACUGGUCUCAGACAAAACAGAUCCCAAACUUUACGUCUAGACAAAAAACCUGAUUUCGACUCAAAAUCUUUCCACAAAGAUAUGAGCGACUUUCUAUGCACUUCCCUUCGUGAAGUCUCCAAUGAUAUCAUUGACAACAAAAUAUCCAUCAACGAAUAUGGUGCAAUGCACUUGAUCACCUCAUUUAAAGAACUAGUCCUAUACGAAGAAGCAAUCUCAAUCUGGUUCUCCUCAAGAAAUUCAAACUCCUCCUCUGUCUUCCUAGACCCAAGAGUUGUAGGCGUCGUCUUACCAAUAAUGUACGAAAAUGGCCACUCGUUUGAAAAUAUCAACAAACUAUUCGAACAAAGCAAAGCAACCAUAGACUAUUACCACCCAAAUUUGGCCGUGGGAAUGAUCAGAACUUGUUUACUCGCCAACGAAAUCAACCAAGCUUUGCGUCUAUUUGAAGAGUUGUGUGCAAAUGCUCAACAAAAGAGAUUUGGUUACUUGACCGAAACUCAUUUAUCUUUUAUUGGUGAAUCUAAUGACUUGAAUGUCGCAAACACCUUCUUUGAAAAGGCCCUCAAUGAUGAAAUGCCCUAUAAAGUCGAUUUGCAAGCUCCUUAUAUUAAAAAAUUCAUGUCAAAUACCUGGUCUCAAACUAAAGAUUUUGACAAAGUAUUAAACAUCUGGAUUAAAUGUUGGGGCAACUAUGGUAUCAACGUUAAUAAAGGUGUUUCCUCUUCAAUCAAUGACUUGUUUUUAUCAAUCUUUUUUGAAAACUAUGCCAAUGAUUCCAACAUUGGCUUUUUAAAAUUAAAAGACAUCAUCAGAAUCUAUAACAAUAUCAAACCAGUCGACGAGCCCUUUUUAAACAUUAUCAUGACAAAAUGUGCAAUUUGGGAUGAUUCAUCAAUCAUUGAAAGCAUUAACGAUGCUUAUCAAAUUUAUGGUGCUGAGAAAACUGUUGUUGCUUACAGAGUCUACUUGAAGACCUUAGGACAUUCUAAUGUUUCUGAAGAUCAUAUUUUCAAUGCUUGGAAUAGUUUAUUACAAUUUGCAGAUUUAACUGGUGCGACAUUUAUUCACAAUGCAGACUGGGCUGCCUUAAGAGAUGCUACUAUUGCUUCAAAGGAUUAUUCAAAAAGUAGAAUUGAAACUUAUUGUAAAAUUAUUAAAUUAUAUUCAGUUUAUUGCAGAGAUUUAAGACAAUUCAAUAUGAUUACUGAGGUUAAUGGAACCAAACAUCCAGGUAUCUUACCUUAUUUACACAAUUUAAAUUCCUUGGAUGUUUUUGGUAUUAAAAUUCCUAAUUUCACUAAUUUCAAACAAUUAUCAAGUUAAUCAAGUUAAUCAUAUUAAUUUUCAUUAAAUCAAUUUUUAAUGUACUUUUAUUCAAAAUUAAACAUUCAAAUUCAAAUCUAAAUUCCAAUUCCAAUUCCAAUUCCAAUUCCAAUUAAACAUUCAAAUUCCAAUUCCUAAUGAAAAUUAAUCAAUAUUAUUUUAGUUUAUUUAAAUAUUCCUGUUUUAGUUUACUCUAUUUUUGUUAUUUCAAAUUAGAAAUAUAACCUGCUAUCCUAUCCUAU